AACAAACAUCAACCGCCAGUUUUCGAAUGGACCGUCGCAUGUUGUGGGUGUCGAACAAAUAUACAAAUAUAUUAUUGGACGAUUGGCGCAGUUUUUAGCUGAUAAAAAUGGAAAUGUAACCAGAUUGUGGAUAAAAACAUUUUUGUGCGGAAAUUUUUGUUAAGUUAAAGCAGUAAUUCGUUGUCGUUGAGAAAUUUUGUCCUGGAUUAGGCUCACGUACACUCACUUGCCAUGGCGAAAGGUGAGGUCCAGAAGACCCAAUCUAGUAAUGUCCGGGUUGUCGUUCGUGUUCGCCCUACGAAUUCGAUGGAAAGAGAAAAGGGUUGUAAAUCAGUGGUUAAAGUAAUUGAUGAUCAUAUGCUUGUUUUUGAUCCCAAAACUGACUCUGAGGCAGUACGGUUUGGACGAGCUCCAUCAAAGAUUCGCUCAAGGAAGACAAUUCUCGAUCGUCGAACAAAAGACCUCCGUUUUGCUUUUGAUCGUGUUUUUGAUGAGCAUGCGACAAAUGCAGAAAUCUUCGAGCAUACUACAUAUUCUGUAGUUGAUUAUCUUCUUGAAGGCUACAACUGUUCCGUGUUUGCUUAUGGUGCAACAUCUGCUGGAAAAACACACACAAUGCUAGGCAGUCCGCAGCGGCCAGGAGUUAUUUUUCUGACAAUGAUGGAACUGUACAAAAAAAUUAAUGAAAAAACUGAAGAGUUUUCUUGUGAUGUCUCAGUUUCAUACUUGGAGAUCUACAAUGAAAAUGCAAGAGACUUACUAGUGCCAUCUUCUUCAACGUUAGCUGUGAGGGAAGACCCUCAGAAAGGUGUUUGUGUCAUGGGCUUAACCUUGCAUAAGCCUCAAAAUGCAGAAGAAUUACUUGGAAUGCUUGAAUUUGGUAACCACAACCGCACACAACAUCCAACAGAUGCUAAUAAGCAGUCAUCCAGGUCUCAUGCCGUCUUUCAGGUAUUUGUGAGACAACAACCUAAAGGUUCAGGCCUCAGUACUGAUGUGAAGGUUGCUAAGAUGUCACUGAUUGACCUUGCUGGCUCUGAAAGAGCUACUGUCACAAAGAACAGAGGUGCAAGAUUCAGAGAAGGUGCCAAUAUCAACAGGUCAUUGCUGGCUCUAGGCAACUGUAUAAAUGCACUGGCAGACAAUAAACCAACAAGGGGAAAGAAAGAGGUGCACAUUCCUUACAGGGACAGUAAGUUGACUCGUCUGCUAAAAGAUUCCCUUGGUGGCAACUGUAAAACAAUAAUGAUAGCUGCUGUUAGUCCAUCCAGCACUUGCUAUGAAGACACCUACAACACUUUGAAGUAUGCAGACAGAGCAAAGAGCAUCAAAUCAGAUCUCAAAAGCAAUGUUAUCAGUGUGGAUUUCCACGUCAGUAAAUAUGCCAAGAUUGUAGAGGAGCUCAAACAACAGGUUGAUGAAUUGAAAAGUAAACUUCGAAGAUUUGAAAGUGGAGAAGCCACUCCGAUGAAGCAGCAAAAGUUGAGAUUUUGCCAACACGAUCAGCUGAAGAUAAUCCAGGAUGAGCUCUGUGCAGUAUACAAAGAUCGAUGCCUCAUUCGUAAACAGAUUAUUGACUGUGAGGCUGCCGAGAAAGAAUUGAAAAUCAAGCUUUUUAAGCGGGAACGUAACAUGGAACGAAUUCAAGCAAUUCUUGAAGAAGACAACCCGACAAUGGAUAAGCUUUCAGAAAAAUUCGGGUUGUUCUUACAAGCUACAAAUGUGAAGCAAGACCAGUUAGAACGAAAAUCACAGGCAUUCGAGAAACAGUUAGCAGACAAUGAUGAAAAAAUAACAACGAUAAAGACACGUGCAGAUGAAUGGCUGUCGUCAUUGGCUGAUGACCCUUUGAAACAACAAUUUGUCGUCUUUCAUGAGGCUAGAAUUUCUGAUGUAGAAAAACUAUCUGCAAAGGCCCAGGCCAGGCAUCUACGAAGAUAUGCAUUGAUGCAGGAAAGAGAUGCUCACUCAACCGAGAGACUUGUUUCUAUGCUGCUUUCUCUUAUCAAAAAGCAACAUGCAAAUUUAAGAGCAUCAGGGAAUUGUCCAAUGGAGAUCGAUCAAGACUACUCUUCGGUUCUUCAGGAACUUGAGGGAAGCAGGCGAAUUAUGUGGGCGGAUGAAUCGACGCGGGAAAGCCUCGACGUAACAUCCAUUUUGAACUUUACAUCUUGCACACCUGUGAGAACUCCCGCGCGGACAAGAAAUGUCUUGCAAUCCAACACGCCGCUGCGAAUGGCUAAGUUAUUGGCAGAUGCUAUAGAAGAAGAAGAAGGUGAUUACAGUUUGCUAACUGCGCAGAAUUCAUUGCUCAACAGUCGGUCAACUGUAGCAGGUUUGCAAUCUGAAAAAGUCAAUAACUCGCAAACUGUUUCUCGUGAACCGAUUGAAGCAUCUAAAGUUGCAGCUGUUAAUACGCAAGAGGCAGUUUUCUUAAAGACUUCGCACGAAGCUUAUGAAAACGCGAAGAAACAGCAGUCGCUCUGCCAUGAGCUCAGAAUGCAACCAGAUGAACCGCAGCUGCAGUCAAAGGACUUUCAAGUGGCGCCGUCACCUUCGCGGCGUAGGACAGUCACAUUGGACAGCGACUUUGAAUCACGCGUCAAGGUACCGCGAUUCGAUCCAGAUUUGCUGCCGCACGUACCAACUGAUGAACCAUCUGCAUCACACGAAACGGAAGAUGAUAAGCAGUGUGCAACUGAUGACUGCAUGUUGGAAAAAGACCGGCGCGGGACGAUAGUUCUUCAUAAACUGCCGCAGGAAGUCAAAGAUCUGCCGCUGAUUGGAGGAUGCCACGCUCCCGUGACAGUUUUAGAGCGCAGUGAGGCGCUAGCUACGGCUGCAUCAGUCGUGAGCUCUCAGAUUGAUAAUAUUGGGGGAUUCAGGUUUGCUACAGAGCAAAAUGUCGCUGAAACCGCAACAGAAACUCAAGAUCUUGAAAAUGGAGUGCCAUAUAGCAAUUUGAAUGCGACUUUUGAUAUUCUUCCAUUAUCAAGUGCUUCAAAAACCGAAAAGGCUGUAGAGCAAUCUGAUAAAGACAAAGUUGCCGAAGCCCCACAACAUGAAGUUUCAGGCAUCGAACCUUUAGCAGAGACCCCUGACCGUAAGCCGCUGGCAGUUUUAUGCGUUAACAAGCCUGUUGAUGAUAAUAUAAUGCCAGACGCGAUGAAUUUACACCAACUCGGCUUGCCGUCAAUGCGGGAUGGUUCAAAUCUUAAGACAAGCAAGGUCGCAUUGACGCCGUCUGCAUCCAAACAUGAUCCCCAUAAACUUCCAUAUUCGGCUUCAAAAUCAGCAACCAAAUCAUCAAAGUAUGCGUCGAUUCAACCAAGGCUGUAUGACGAAAAUCCAAGGUACACUGCAAUGGGGAGUAGAUCGAAGCACCACAAACCAGAACGUAGGAGAAGAUCAAACACUCUGAGUAACCCAAUUAAAUUGCGAGAAUCAAGAAGGAGGUCACGUUCAAGUGCUGCUGCUCCUUAUAGUUUAUUAUCCGGAAGAAAGAACGCCCCUGGUCACAUGCUAGGUGUCCGAAGAGCAAUUGAGCAUUUAGGCCCAAUUAAAGGACAGAAAAAUUUACGAAAUUUUGCGCCAGUAAAUUCAAGCGGUGUCUUAAACACAAUGCCAUCAUCAGCACUGUAAAUUGAGACAUCUCGCCAUUCAGUUGUAGCAGCCGAAAAGCAAGGGAAUUUCCUGGAAAAUUUGCCAGCAUUCUCCCAAGUAAUUCUUUGAAUCAGACAUUGAC